CCCAAAAAAAAAAAAAAAUCAUAAAACAGCUAGAAGUUUCCACGAAACCGAAGACCUUCGGCCCCUAUAAAUUCCAGAUCCCACCUCACAACCCCUUUUCAGUUUUCAGUUUCUCAGCAAAUUCUCUCGCAUUUUCUUGUAACGAAGCAAUAUGGACGCGUUCACAUCAUUCUUCGAUUCCCAAACGUCUUCAAGAAACCGCUGGAACUUCGAGUCUCUCAAGAACUUCCGUCAGAUCUCUCCUGUUGUUCAGAAUCAUCUCAAGCUGGUCUACCUCACCUUAUGCUGUACUCUCAUCGCUUCAGCUGCUGGAGCUUACCUGCAUAUCCUAUGGAACAUUGGAGGCCUUGUAACUUUACUUGGCUGCUUAGGAUGUAUGAUCUGGGUACUCGCCACCCCUCAUUAUGAAGAGAAAAAGAGGGUUUCUCUACUUAUGGCUGCUGGUCUCCUUGAGGGAGCUACUCUUGGUCCUUUGAUUGAUCUGGCCAUUGCGAUUAAUCCAAGUGUCCUGAUCAGUGCAUUUGGGGGAACUGCUCUGGCCUUUGGUUGUUUCUCAGCAGCAGCCAUGUUGGCAAAGCGCAGAGAAUACCUUUACCUGGGGGGCUUGGUUUCCCUGCUCCUCUGUGUGCGUUUUGUUUCUUCGUUCUUGGGGGGUUCCGCAGCCAUGUAUAAGUUUGAGUUGUACUUCGGGCUUCUGAUUUUCGUGGGGUACAUGGUAGUUGACACGCAAGAAAUGAUUGAGAAGGCACACAAUGGUGACCUGGACUAUGUGAAGCAUGCCAUGACCCUUUUCAGUGACUUCAUUGCUGUUUUUGUGCGCGUACUCAUCAUCAUGUUGAAGAACUCACUUGAGAAGAAUGAGAAGAAGAAGAAGAGGAGGGAUUGAGCAUUUGCAGGCCAAUGAUGAAAAGGGUUGAUCCAUCUUCUCCUCCAGUAACAACGCAAUGAAUGCAAUGCAAAAAAAAUCAAAUCACUUUGUCUAUAGAGUUUUCCAUAUCUGACCUUUAAAACAAACUGUUUUGAGAUAUAUUCCCCCUACUCUUUUGUGGGAGGUGGUAGUAGACUGAUAGUGUUGUCUAGUUCUUGUUGAUAUGUUACUUUGAAAACAUGUUUUGGAAUUUGGAUGACAUUUUCUUGGCUUUCUUUUCCUAUUUUUACUUUUGCUAUCUCCCAUUUCCGGAGAAGAAAUUCAUGCAACGGGAUUAGGAACUUAUUUACCAAA